CCUAGGCUGCCAGAGCAGGGGCUCUUCCUUUUCGUCUUGGACAUCUUGAAGCGACAACAUGUCUCCUAAAGAUGACAAAAAAAAAGAUGGGGGCAAAAAGGAUAAAGAUCCAGUAAACGAGACUAGAGGCAAGGUCAAGAAGAAACGGUUGGAAGGAAAAGUAAGGGACAAUCUAAACAACUUGAUCCUGUUUAACAAAGCCACAUAUGAUAAACUUUUGAAAGAGGUACCAAACUAUAAGCUCAUCAUGCCUGCAGUCAUCUCUGAAAGACUAAAGAUCAGAGGUUCUCUGGCCAGGGUUGCCCUACAGGAUCUGCUUACGAAAGGUACGAUCAAACUGGUGUGUUAACACAGAGCACAGGUAAUUUACACACGAAACACCAAGGGGAUGCACCUGCUGCUGCAGAUGGCAUGUGAACAGGUUCUGGAGUGGAUCCCAAGUGAGGAUAUUUAGA